AUGAGCGCGGGCGGCCUCUCCUCGCUGUGCGGCGGCCCCGGCUGGGCUGAGGCGGGCGGCGGCGCCAUGAGCGGCGCAGGGGCGCCCACCGAGGGCCUGGAGCUGCAGCUCAAGGUGGACUUCUUCCGCAAGCUGGGCUACUCGUGCCGCGAGGUGCACGCCGUGCUGCACAAGCUGGGCCUGGGCGCCGACACCAACGCCGUGCUGGGUGAGCUCGUGAAGGGCGGCCUGGCCGAGCGCGAGCUGCCUGCGCUGCCGCCGCCUGAGGCGCCGCUCGUGCCGCGCGGCGGCACCACCCGCCGCAGCCCCGUGCCCGACGAUGGUGAUGGCGACAACCUGCGGCCCGUCGUCAUCGAUGGCAGCAACGUGGCCAUGAGCCAUGGAAAUAAAGAAGUGUUCUCCUGCCGAGGUAUCCUUCUGGCCGUACAGUGGUUUUGGGACAGAGGACACAAGGAUAUUACAGUCUUUGUGCCAUCUUGGCGGAAAGAACAGCCACGACCAGAUGUACUUAUAACAGACCAGUACAUUCUCCGUGACCUUGAAAAGAAGAAAAUUCUGGUGUUCACCCCUUCCAGGCGAGUCGGAGGCAAGCGGGUCGUCUGUUACGACGACCGAUUCAUUGUGAAACUGGCACAUGAGUCUGAUGGCAUCGUGGUCUCUAAUGACACUUACCGGGACCUGCAGAAUGAGCGUCCUGAAUGGAAGAAAUUCAUUGAGGAGCGUCUGUUGAUGUAUUCCUUUGUAAAUGACAAGUUUAUGCCUCCAGAUGAUCCCUUAGGGAGACAUGGUCCCAGCCUGGAUAACUUUCUGAGAAAGAAACCUAUGGUGCCAGAACACAAGAAACAGCAGUGCCCUUAUGGGAAGAAAUGCACUUAUGGGAUUAAGUGUAAAUUCUACCACCCUGAAAGGAUCAAUCAACCCCAGCGCUCAUUAGCAGAUGAACUCCGAGCCAAUGCAAGGUUGUCUCCUACUAGAAGUAGCAGUGCUGCCAAGGAGGAGAAGGGCAAGAAAGCUUCCCAGGCAGAGCUCUUGUGCUCUGUGUCCCUGGACUGUGAGAAAAGCUCUUUGCAGAAGGUCUCUGCAGAGAGGAAAAGCUUGACUCCUAAAGCGAAGGCCAGCGAUGUGUCCCUUCAGGUGGCAGGCCCUGUGUCAGGAGGGGUCUCCCCUAACAGUGGGAGCCACAGAUCUUCUGACAGGUACCAGCAUCCUCAUAUGGACUCUCUCUCGUAUAUCUCUCAGGAGCAUCUAGACUCAGGCAUCGGAUCUCUGGAGAGCCAAAUGUCUGAUAUGUGGCCUUACAGAUCUGCCAGUCACUGUGACCACUCGCAUGCGGAGCAGGUGGCAGUGUGUAGCUGUGGGAGGCAGAGACCUGUCUAUCCAGCCUCUCCCAGCUUAGAGCAGAACGGUCUGCUCUCCUACAAGCAUAGCUCCCAUAAGUCACCUUCCUCCAGCGCUAGCUUCCUGCAGUAUAGCCCCGAGGUGUCUCACUCGGCACUGCCUCCUUCUUUCUCAGGCUAUGGAGUACCUGUUCACACAGCUAACGCUGGGCAAUACAGCCUGCCCAGUGAGUAUAACGCCCCUGCAGCCCAUUCUCGUGAGUACUGGUCUGAGCCCUACCAGAUGCCUCCUCCUCAAGCCCGAUCUGGCAGCGUGCGAGAUCCUCGAUCGGUGCAGAGAGCCCCAGGACCGACGUAUGGCGAGGACUCCUGCCAGUGGGCCGUCUCUGACCAGUUUGCAGAGGAGAGGGCCAAUGUGCAUAUCAAGCUGUGUGGCAUAUUCCAUCCCCACUUAGUUGAUGCUGUGAUGAGCCGUUUCCCCCAGCUUUUGGAUCCCCAGAGGUUAGCUGCAGAAAUACUCACAUACAAGUCUCAAAACCCAGGCAUAUGAGCAGGUGCUGAGGGGAGCCAGGCCUGCUGAGAGCUUGAGGGGCUGUUUGUGUCAUGGAAAGUUUUCUACACCUGCUUUUGGAGACUUUUGGGAGCUCCUCCUUUCUCCUUGGGAGCACUAGGCUCAAGCUGAAGGUGUCAGAUGGUCACAGAGUUCUGAUAUAGUCAAGACUGUGUCUAUCGUAAAGAUGCAAGAACAGUGUAUGGCACCGUGCCCAGGGCAUGUUGGAGAGACUGGCAGUUGAGCAGGAGGAGUAGCAGGUCCAGGGCAGGGCUUUCAUGCAAGGGGUAAGUGGCAAGUCAGGCACAUCUCAGCUCCUGCAGUUCACACUGCAGGUGGCCCUUACUCCGCCAGUCACUUUGGCUUUGAGAUAGCUCACAGACACAUGGAGGAAGGGCUUUACAGGGCUUGUGAACAGCAGGGAUUACUCCUGCGCAGUGGUGUGAGGCUUCUUUGUGAAGGCUGCAAUGCAUAAUCCAGGCUGCCCUUAGCUGAGCCUCUCCGCUAAAUUCUACCAUGCAGAUCUGUGGAAAAAGGUUUAUGGAUCUAGCAUGAGGGUAGGUGAGCAGGCUGAUAUGUUUUCACUGCACACUUAGUGAUACCCUCCUUGUCUAAGCUCCCUUCUGAACUUACCUCCCUGCAAGAGGGUAACUCUUCAAUAUAUGCCACAGUCAAGCUGUGCAGCUGCCAGAAGCAAGAGGAGCUGGAAUUCUUUAAUUGGAGCGCAUCCUUUCUCAGGGUGAGACGCUGACACUGCAGCAAAGCUGUGUGCGAGUCAUGCUCUGUGUUUCCUGGAAAGGGCUGUCCUCAGAACCCGGGGGUGACCACAGCAGUGGUCUAAAACAUUGACCUUGCCUUGACACUCGUCUUAGGCUCUCUGUAAUAUUGACAAAGAGAAUUUAUUAUGUUGUGCCUUUUGUCCUCAGACAGCAAUAGUUUUGAGCAUUCAGUAAAACAGCUGUAGUCCUGCCCUUCAGCUGCUGCCAAUGCCCUUCCUGAUAAUUUCUUAGUAUUUUUCUCUAAAAAGCUGUUGCUUCGUCUUCUCACUAAUAUUUAUCCCCUCCUUAAGCUUUGUCAAGCUACAACAGCAUCCAAAAAUGUAUAAUGAGGCCUAUUUGGUAAGACUGUUCCCCUUUCGUAGCCUGUUCCUCUCUAAGAUUUUUUUACUGUAGAUACUGUAACAAUUUACAUAUGCAAAAACGAUUACAGUAGUAAUUGGUUCUGGUCCUGGAAUUUCACUGUGCUGGGAAUACAAAGAUUCUUGCAGGCCAGAAGCAGUUGAUUUGUUGAUACACAUUGUAUCUGUGUGGGUUUUUUGUUUGGUUUUUUUUCUUUUGAGUAAGUACAUCUUGUGGUUAAACCAAGGUUGUUGAGUGGCAAAUUGUGAAGGGGAGAGUAGAAAACAGCAGAUGCUGGGACUGCUCUUCAGGAGUCAUUUUUGUCUAUUAUGAACUUUCCCUCUGUCCAAGGAGUGACCUACCCAAACUGGCACCAUGUGCCGUAGAAACCACAGGGACGCAGACACCUGUAGACCUGGUUAAUUAUGAUACAUUACAAAAUUGUAAUGUUUCAUGUUAGUAAGCAAAAUGCUUCUUAAUUUUAAGUAACCUGAUACUUUGCAUAUUUGUAAAUUACAGAAAAAAAAAAGGGUUUAAUGUUAUUGUCCAGGAACUUGCUGCUUGAUGCUGUUUUUAAUUAGUGCUGUAUUCGACUUAGCCAUUUUGUUACUUGGCUUGGUCUUUUAUUUCUCCGGCACGAGGCUGAUAUGUGCUUGCUCUCCUGUAGUCGAGUGACAUUUUAUACCCAAAAGCCUGGUGUUUUACUGUACUUUCUG